CACUUGACACACCCUUCUCUCCUAAAUUAACUAAAACAAGAAAAAAAAACAAAAGGGCAGAUAAAGAAAAGAUGUGGGAUGAAACUGUUGCCGGACCUAAGCCGGAGCAUGGCCUUGGCCGCCUCCGCAAUAAGAUCACCGCUCAACCCCUUGACAUCAAAGGUGUAGGAGAAGGAAGCAGUAGCAAAACUGUGCCGGCUGUUGCGGGAAGUCCUGGAACUCCGACGACGCCAGGAUCUGCACGUAAGGAGAACGUGUGGAGAAGUGUGUUUCAUCCAGGGAGUAACAUAGCCACUAGAGGAAUGGGCACAAACCUCUUUGACAAGCCUUCUCACCCUAACUCUCCCACUGUCUACGACUGGUUGUACAGCGACGAUACUAGGAGCCAGCACCGUUGAGCGGAGAGACGAGAGAGGAUGGACUGACAUACAUGCCGGUGAAUUAGAUAUGCAUCAUGUCUUCCUUCCGCCACGUGUUUGUUUGCUGUUUCGUUUACUUUGGUUGUAUUCGCAACUCUUUUUCUUGUCGUUUGUGGUCAGUUAGUGAAUAGUGACCGUUUAAUCUCCACCACCUGGCUUGGUUUCGACGGUGGCGAUACGUCCUGCCUGUUGUCUCUUGUAAUAUUUCUAGUUUCCUACUGUUCGGUAAUAUUAACUACUAUUAAGCUUUUACUA